AUGACAGGUGGAGAAGAAUUUAACGCUGCUGCAAACAUAAUGAUACCAGUAGAAAAUCCUGAAAGUUCUCAAAAUAUAGCCGACAUCCAAAAUGACGAGAAGAUGGCUCACAUGGCGCAAGAGCUUGAGAUUUUGAGAGAGGAACUACGUCAAGUGCGAGACUUGGCCAAGCUUUCGGCUACUACCUUCCCAAGUUUCAAGAUGCCCAGCUACCUCCCUAGAGCUGACCUGCCUCCUACAGAUUCUCCAAACAUGCCUAAACGUGCUCCUGUUCAUGGUCAAGCACCAUUAGCUCAUCCGUCUGCAAUCAGGACUGCUCCUGACCUUCCCACUCAAGACCCCGUCACACCUACCUACCCAGUGACAAACCAGAUAUUUGGAGCACACACCGUCGCCCCUUAUGAUUCACAGAUCCCACCUGUAUAUGCUGUUGAGGCCCCUACUUUCACGACACCGGUUAGGGUCAAGGUCCCGCAUGAGGUGGACCAAUAUGCAGAGAUGGAGAAGGAUGCUCGAUUGAAAGAAGAUAAGUCAAUAAACGCUCAACUUCGAGGUCUAAGAAAGGCGUUGAAAAACCUACAAGUCACUAGGGGAACAGAGAGCCUAGAUUAUGAUGACUUAUGUAUCCACCCAGAUAUUGACAUGCCGGUAGGAUACAAGCCCCCAAAGUUUGACAUAUUUGAUGGAAAGAGCGAUCCUCACGCACAUCUGAGGGCAUACUGUGACAAGUUAGUCGGUGUAGGGAGAAAUGAGAAACUAAGAAUGAAGUUGUUCAUUCGAAGUCUAUCUGGAGAAGCGUUGACCUGGUAUACACGCCAGGAUCCUCGCAAAUGGUAUAACUGGCAGGAAAUGGCUGAGGAUUUCAUGAAUCGUUUCAGAUUUAAUACUGAAAUCACUGCGGACAGGUUCUCAUUAGCCAACAUACAAAAGAAACCAUCGGAGGACUUCCAGGAGUAUGCACGACGUUGGAGAACCGAGGCUGCAAGGGUUCAACCACCGCUCGAUGAGAGUGAGCUCUCAAAAUACUUUAUUCGAGCACAAGAAGGUAUCUACUUUGACAAGAUGAUGUCAAUGAUGGGCCAAAAGUUUGCAGAAUUGGUCAAAAUGGGAGAUUUUAUAGAGGAAGGCAUCAAAUCAGGUAAAAUUCAGUCCAUGGCUGCAUUGCAAGCUGCAAGUAAGGCCAUACAAUCAGGAUCCAUUGGUGGCAUCAAGAAGAAAAGGGAGGAUGUUUCAGUCGUCAAUUACCAACAUGGAGGACAAUCCCACCAAUACCCAAACAAUCCCCAAAUUGUUGCACAUACUCCAUACACCUCGUAUCCAGUGUAUAAUACCCGACCACACUAUAAUCCACCUCGAGCACCAACAUACCAAAGUCCAACAAGACCACAUGUCCCACUCCAAGCACCAACCCACCAAAACAGACCAGCAUAUGUGCCAAGACCACGUCCAAAUCUCGAAGCCAGAAAUACUCGCACCUAUACACCCAUUGCUGAACGUUAUGCUCAAUUGUUUGAAAGGUUAAGGAUAGCAGGAGUACUACAUCCAGUUGAGGGAAAACUCCCCGACCUAAUCCCUUACAAUUUUGAUGGAAACAAGCGAUGCGCUUACCACUCGGGAAUCCAAGGGCAUGACACAGAAGAUUGUUAUGGCUUGAAAAACCAGGUUGAGACGUUGAUCAGAAGAGGAAUAAUAAAAUGCACUCCAACACCUCCGAAUGUGAACAACAACCCUUUGCCAAAUCAUGAGAAUCGAGAAGUCAAUAUGAUUUCUCUAGAAGAAGAGUACAACUUGGGAGAAACCAUCGCGCCUGUCUGGAACGCCGAAGAAGCUGCCACUGCAUCUCUAGUGCAACCUGUUAUCACUGUUCAACUAAGAGAACCUUUUACUGUCCAAACAUAUAUCCCGAGAGUUGUAGUUACCACUACAGUUGCUAGAAAGGCUGAGUUUGACACCAAAGGAGUCCCAUGGGAUUAUAAAACAGAAGCCAAGGGCAAGAUGAUUGACGCCGCUGUGGCUCAGGGGAUGACUAGAUCAGGAAGGUGCUAUACUCCCGAGAAUCUGAAUCAAGGAGUUAUUGGGAAGGAGCCGAAUCCCAAGAAGAAUGUUACGGAUGCUGAAGUCACAGAAUUUUGGAGAAAGAUGCAGCCGAAAGACUAUUCAGUCGAGGAGCAACUGAAGAAGACAUCGGCUCAUAUAUCCAUAAUGUCUUUGCUAAUGAGUUCUGAGGCUCAUAGGAAUGCUUUGAUGGAGGUGUUAAAUGGGGUUUGCAUUCCAAAAGAGACCGCAAGUGAAACCUUAGAUGCAACAAUUGGACAAGUGUUGGAAUCUAACAAAAUCUCUUUCCAUGAUAAUGAGCUACCAACGGAAGGGACUGGACACAACAAAGCACUUCAUAUCGCGGUCAAAUGUCGUGAUAAGAUUGUGACCCGAGUUCUGAUUGAUGGCGGUUCUGGAUGUAACAUCUGCCCUUUCACAACUAUGAGAGUUUUAGGCUUGAAUAUGGGAGAUAUAGAGGAAAGUCGUGUAAAGGUGAGAGCUUUUGAUGGAGCACAGAGAAGCGUCAUUGGAGAAAUCCAUCUCACAUUGCAAGUGGGACCAGCAGAAUUCCCUAUUUUAUUUCAAGUGAUGGAUGUGUCAUCGAACUACAACCUGCUGCUGGGAAGACCAUGGGUCCAUAUGGCAAAAGCAGUCCCUUCAACUCUUCAUCAAUGUGUAAAGUUUGAGUGGGGUCACACAGAAGUUACUGUUCAUGGGGAGCUCAAUCACCCCAUUUAUUCUGUCAAUUCUGUUCCAGUAACUGAGGAAUUAGAUGGAGCCACUUUUCACACUUUAGAAAUCAUGCAAGCUGUGAGGAUUGACGAGAAGUUAGAGUCGGUUGGUGUGAAAUUGUCAGGGGCAGCGAAGAUGGUCGCAGCAGAGAUGUUGAAAUACGGGUAUCAGCCUAAGACAGGACUUGGACCCAGGGCCAAUGGCAUAGUUGAACCCAUCCAGUUGAAGCAUCAGAAAGGUACCACUGGACUCGGAUAUGGAUCUACAUCGGGACGAGUCCACAACAGGGGAUCCAUCAAGAUAACGUUUGUACCAGAGCAAGUUCCGAUUCUAGAUCACGCAUCUGACGAUGACAUAGUGGAAGGAAUAGGAAAUUUGUUCGUGGCCAUGAUUGGAGAAGAGGAAGAGAUAGAUCUCCGCAAAUUGAGCAUCCGUGAUUCCAAGCCUGGAGAAAGCUUGCAGAAUUGGACCGUCAGUCCUUCCCUGUUUCGACAAAAGUCCUGGUAG